UACUCAGCCAAGUAGAUGGCUGAGUAAAACUGCCAUCUACUUUGUGAGUAUAACCCUUUGCUAGUGGGUUUCCUGGUUGUCUUUGCCACACCUUUGCGACAGAGGAACAAAGAAUACAACCACAGGAGGCAGGACUAAGAGCAGAGCCCAGGCACUUCUUCCACAGUCCAUCAGAGCUUCUCAUCCAUCAUGUUGGGUUCUGUGCUUCUCCUGUGCCUCUGCAUUGCAUUCCUGUUAUUCCAGCUCAAACCUCGGCGACCCAAGAACUUCCCCUCUGGACCCCCCACGCUGCCGUUGGUGGGGAACCUUUUCAACCUCAGCCAGGAGAAUCCGCUGAAGGACUUGGAGAGGCUCAGGAACACAUAUGGAAACGUGUACAGUCUGUUCCUUGGUCCCAGACCCGCUGUGGUCCUGAACGGGCUGAAGGCCAUGAAGGAGGCCAUAGUGACCAAAGGUGCUGAUUUUGCUGGAAGACCACAAGACAUGUUUGUAAAUGACGUCACCCAGAAUAGAGGAGUGAUUCUGGCAGACUAUGGUCUGAGAUGGAGAGAGCAUCGGCGCUUUGCUCUGAUGACCCUGAGAAACUUUGGUCUCGGAAAAACAUCAAUGGAAGACAGAAUUCAUGAUGAGAUUCAGUUCACCAUCAAAACUCUAGAACAGAGCACAGCAGGCGGCACACUGAGUCCCCAGGUUAUGUUCCAUAAUGCAGCCUCCAACAUCAUCUGCCAGGUUUUGUUUGGUAAACGCUAUGAAUACAAUGAUGAGUUGAUUAAAAUCAUUGUUCAGUGCUUCACCGAGAAUGCAAAGAUUGCCAACGGACCCUGGGCCAUGCUUUACGAUUCUCUUCCCAUAACUCGCUAUUUGCCGCUGCCAUUCAGAAAUGGCUUUAGAAACUACAAGACUUGUCAGAAUAUUGCAAUGGAGUUGGUGAAGGAGCACAAGAAGACCAAAGUCCCCGGUGAGUCUCGGGACUUCCUAGACUGCUACCUGGAUGAAUUGGAUAAGAGGAAGGAUGACGGUUCUUCAUUUUCAGAGGAACUGCUCAUAAACUACAUUCUGGAUCUUCAUUUUGCUGGGACUGACACCACCUCCAACACUCUGCUCACAGGCUUUCUUUACCUGAUGAACUACCCACACAUACAAGAGCGAUGUCAGCAGGAGAUCGACCAGGUGCUGCAGGCGAAGGAUCGGGCCAGCUUCGAGGACAGACUCAGCAUGCCUUAUGUGCAGGCUGUGAUCCAUGAAAUCCAGAGGAUUGCCAACACAGUUCCUCUCAGUGUCUUCCACUGCACCACUAAGGACACAGAGCUCAUGGGAUACUCCAUUCCCAAAGGCACAAUGAUCAUCCAGAACCUGACCUCAGUGUUGAGAGAAGAAGGACAGUGGAAAUUCCCUCAUGAGUUCAACCCUGAAAACUUCCUGAAUGAACAGGGAGAGUUUGUCAAACCUGAGGCCUUCAUGCCUUUCUCUGCAGGUCCUCGGGUUUGUCUGGGGGAGGGUUUGGCUCGAAUGGAGCUCUUCCUCUUCAUCGUGACUCUGCUGAGGAAGUUUAAGUUCAUCUGGCCGGAGGAUGCAGGAGAACCUGACUUCACUCCGGUCUAUGGAAUCACUCAGUCACCAAAACCUUACUACAUGAAGGUCCAGCUGAGAUCUUCAAUGUGAGGACGGCACAGAAUCUCUGAGUUUAAUGAGCAAUUUAAAUAAAUAACUAAAUAAAUAACUGCCGCUAAUCAACUCUUAAUGUUUAACAAGCUUACUUUUAUUUGCAUAAGCAUUUUUAUGGUGUAAUUCAGUGACUGCUACGUCGCCACAUACAGGCAUGGAGGAGUUACUGCAACAUUUUUCCUUAAAGAACAAAUCACUUUCCAGAAAUAUUUUUUAUUUAGGGAACAUUUUAGAUGGGAAAGAAAAAACUUAAUGUUUACCUAACUCUCAUUGCAUUUCGCAUGUGGGAAUGGCACCAAAACUUGCACUAAUGCAGGAGUUUUUAUCCUCUCCUUGGUUGUUGAAACUAAAUGUAAAGAUUAAAAGAGUUUCUCACUUUA